AGGGGCCGCCGAACGAGGCAGGCUAGAUCACCAACGAACAAACAGAGAGGACGGAGAGAAUAAAAAAAAGGACGGCCUACGUUACGAAUACUCCGCCGGCUAGACAUACCCAACCAUGCCGCUCAAGGUCCUCGUUAUCGGCGUGGGCAUCUGCGGUCCGGCAUUCGCCACUAUGCUGCGGCGUUCGGAUCCGGGACAUAGCAUUACGGUGAUAGAGCGGUAUCCGACGAUCCGGCACAACGGGCUGCAGCUCGACCUGCGGUCGUGGGGGGUGCCCAUCAUAAAGCGGCUCGGGCUCGAGGGCGCGGUGCGCGCCAAGGGCGUGCAGGAGGCCGGGCUCGCGUUCGUGAACAGCGCGGGGCGGGUGCUCGGCGCCUUCGGCAUCGCCGACAGCAGCAGCGGCAGCCUGUCCUUUACCACCGAGUUCGAGAUCAUGCGCGGCGACCUCGUGCAGAUCCUGUACGAUGCGAGCCUCGAGGGGCAGGCGGCGCUCGACGCGGAGGAGAGGGGCAAGAAAUCGGGACCGGGGGGCGGCGGCGCCGGCGACGAGGACCACUACUACCCGCCCGGCGUGCACUACGAGUUCGGCAAGACCGUCGCGCGCCUCGACCAGGACGACGGCGGCGUCGACGUCGUGUUCUCCGACGGCGCGGCGCGGCGGUACGACCUCGUCGUCGGCGCCGACGGCCAGUGGUCGCGCACGCGGCGCAUGCUGUUCGGCGAGGAGGCCGCCGCCGCCGCCUUCAAGCCGAUGCACGUGUACGCGGCGUACUUCCAGGUGCCGCGGGUGUCGUUCCCGCGCUUCGGCGGCGGCGGUGGCGGUGCGGCCGACGACGACGACGACGACGACGACGCGCUCGCGCGCUUCUACCAGCCGGGCGGCGGCCGCGCCGUGAUGCUGCGCACGGGCAACCGCGCGCAAACGCAGGUGUACCUGAUGGUGCGCACGGCGGCGGACGCGACGCGGCGGGCGAUCGAGCGGCAGCCGGCGGCGGCGCAGAAGGACGUGUUCGCGGCGCAGUUCCGCGGCGCCGGGUGGUGCGUCGACGAGCUCCUCGCGCAGAUGCCCGGCGCGGACGACUUCUACGCCGAGGUCAUCGGCCAGGUGCGCGCGCCCCGCGCGACGCGCGGCCGCGUCGCCCUCCUCGGGGACGCCGCGCACUGCGCCAGCCCCCUCUCCGGCAUGGGCACCACCGUCUCCCUCACCGGCGCCUACGUGCUCGCCGGCGAGAUCGCGCGCCACCGCGGCGACCCCGCCGCCGUCCCCGCCGCCCUCGACGCCUACGACGCCGUCGUCAAGCCCUACGUCGCCGACGUCCAGAACAUCGUCGCCGGCGUCCCCCACAUCCUCUGCCCCGGCAGCUGGUGGUUCCUCACCCUCCUCCGGCUCUUCGUGCGCUUCGCCUACCUCGUGCGCCUAGAUCACUGGCUCUCCCGCUUGUCGCCUGAGAAGAAGGGCGGCCGCCAGCUCCCCGAGUAUCCCGAGCUCAACCUUGCGCCGCCUACUCCUGCUGCUGCCCACUCGAGUUAGGAGAUAAUAUGUUGCACCCGGUGAAUUCUCAUUUCCGAGGGCCCCGGCCUUCAGUUCCGUGUUCAAUGUACAGGCUAUCGGAGUUCCAGGAUACGGUCAUAUCUUUGGGCGCUUCCGUCUUGUUUCUGCUUGAUGUGCGAUAUCAACUUAUUGUAUUAGUAUCUGUGUCUAUACUUCACUCAAUCACAUAUUUCUUUUAGCCACGUGUACCGUGUGCUGCCCUGACUAUGGCCUAUGAUAUGUCACUCGGUUCUUGGUUGUCCACAUUUGUGCCUGC